AUGAUCACCACCACCACCACCGCCGCCGACCCCGCCGCCCUCCCGGCCUUCACCUCGGAGCAGCUCGCCGCCCAUAACACCGACGCCUCGCUCUGGGUCGCCAUCCGCGGCAUGGUCUACGACGUCACCCAGUUUGCCAACCGCCAUCCCGGCGGCAAGGACAUGCUGCGGAUCGCUGCCGGUCGGGACGCCACCCAGAUGUUUGAAAUGUACCAUCCGCUCGAGACCUCCAAGCUCCUGUCCAAGUUCCGGAUCGGCCGGCUCGUCUCGGCCCGCACCCCAACCUUCCCGGAGCCCUCGGUCUUCCACCGGACCAUCAAGCAGCGGGUCGAGCUCGAGUUUUUCAAGACCAGGGACCUCAAGAACCACCUCGGCGCCUGGAUCCGCUACGCAGUCGUCUUUGCCUCGCUGCUGGUCUCCUACUAUCUGCAGUUCUACUCGCCCGUGUUCUCUCAGUCGCUGUGGCUGCAGAUCCCUCUGGCCGUGAUCCUGGGCUUUGCCUGUGCCCAGAUCGGCCUCAAUCCCCUGCACGACGGCACUCACUGCGCCAUCACCCGCUCGCCUCUUGUCUGGACCAUCCUCGGCUCGACUCACGACUUUUUCAACGGAACCUCUCAUCUCAUUUGGAUCUACCAGCAUGUGGUCGGGCAUCAUCCCUUCACCAACAUCACCGGCGCUGAUCCCGACAUUACCACCGACAUCCGCCGCGUUGAGGAGCAGCAGCGCUGGAGCCCGUUCUAUCGUUACCAGGCAUACUUUAUUCCAGUUGCAUACGGCUUGCUGGCGCUCAAGUUCCGCCUGUCGGAUAUCAAGACCCUGUACAUCACCAAGAGCAUGGACGGCCACCAGAUCAACCCCCCUCCUCUCCACCACCAUCUGAUCUUUUGGGGCGGCAAGCUCUUCUGGGCCUUCUACCGGGUUGUUCUCCCCCUGGCCUUUGGCGUGCCCCUGUCGACCGUCCUGAUCCUGCUCGUUGUCUCGGACUUGGUGUCGUCCUACUGGCUCUCGUUCACCUUCCAGGCUAACCACGUCGUGGAUGAUGUCCUCUGGCCCCAUCCCGACAAGGGCGGCCAGAUCACCAUGGACUGGGCGGAGAUGCAGGUCCAGACGACGCUCGACUAUGCGCACGAGUCGUGGUUCUGGACCUCGACCGCUGGAGCCCUGAACUACCAGGCUGUGCACCACCUGUUCCCUGGCGUCAACCAGCACUGGUACCCUGCCAUCCUCGACAUUGUCAAGGAGACGUGCAAGGAGUUCAACAUCAAGUACAUCAUCGAGCCCUCGUUCAACCAGGCGCUGCGAAAGCACCUGUCUCACCUUGAUAAGAUGGGACAGGAGCCCAAGGGCAGUUCCAAGCGUGACUGAUCGGGCUUGCAUCCCCUGCACCACCUUCGAGCGGGCGCUUCUUCCCUGGUCCUUCUGGCCACAUGCACCUGUGCACUCUGUUAUUGAUCUUUGCCGAAAUCUUCCUUUGCUCCAGCCCUCCGUUGCCACCGAUUUUACCCAUCCGAUACUUUCCCGAGGCUAGUCCUGCGUUCUUCUGUCCAAGUGGCCCCUCCUGCGUCCUCAGCGACAGCGGCACCAUGGCGUGCCUUUCUUUCCUCCUCCCCUCCCGAAUAAUAUGUGUGUGUGUCAGUCCA